GUCAUUGAUAGAGCUGGAUUCACACACUUGGAUGUAGACCUCGACCUUCACAGGACUCUUCGUUGCUGGUUGGCAAUGAUGUAUCGGCCAGAUGUGGUGAGGGCUAGGAAAAGAGUUUGUUGGGAACCCUGGGUUAUCGGCCUCAUCAUCUUCAUAUCCCUGAUUGUCCUGGCAGUGUGCAUUGGACUCACUGUUCAUUAUGUGAGAUAUAAUCAAAAGAAGACCUACAAUUACUAUAGCACAUUGUCAUUUACAACUGACAAACUAUAUGCUGAGUUUGGCAGAGAGGCUUCUAACAAUUUUACAGAAAUGAGCCAGAGACUUGAAUCAAUGGUGAAAAAUGCAUUUUAUAGAUCUCCAUUAAGGGAAGAAUUUGUCAAGUCUCAGAUUAUCAAGUUCAGUCAACAGAAGCAUGGAGUGUUGGCUCAUAUGCUGUUGAUUUGUAGAUUUCACUCUACUGAGGAUCCUGAAACUGUAGAUAAAAUUGUUCAACUUGUUUUACAUGAAAAGCUGCAAGAUGCUGUAGGACCCCCUAAAGUAGAUCCUCAGUCAGUUAAAAUUAAAAAAAUCAACAAGACAGAAACAGACAGCUAUCUAAACCAUUGCUGCGGAACACGAAGAAGUAAAACUCUAGGUCAGGGUCUCAGGAUCGUUGGUGGGACAGAAGUAGAAGAGGGUGAAUGGCCCUGGCAGGCUAGCCUGCAGUGGGAUGGGAGCCAUCGCUGUGGAGCAACCUUAAUUAAUGCCACAUGGCUUGUGAGUGCUGCUCACUGUUUUACAACAUAUAAGAACCCUGCCAGAUGGACUGCUUCCUUUGGAGUAACAAUAAAACCUUCGAAAAUGAAACGGGGUCUCCGGAGAAUAAUUGUCCAUGAAAAAUACAAACACCCAUCACAUGACUAUGAUAUUUCUCUUGCAGAGCUUUCUAGCCCUGUUCCCUACACAAAUGCAGUACAUAGAGUUUGUCUCCCUGAUGCAUACUAUGAGUUUCAACCAGGUGAUGUGAUGUUUGUGACAGGAUUUGGAGCACUGAAAAAUGAUGGUUACAGUCAAAAUCAUCUUCGACAAGCACAGGUGACUCUUAUAGACACUACAACUUGCAAUGAACCUCAAGCUUACAAUGACGCCAUAACUCCUAGAAUGUUAUGUGCUGGCUCCUUAGAAGGAAAAACAGAUGCAUGCCAGGGUGACUCUGGAGGACCACUGGUUAGUUCAGAUGCUAGAGAUAUCUGGUACCUUGCUGGAAUAGUGAGCUGGGGAGAUGAAUGUGCGAAACCCAACAAGCCUGGUGUUUAUACUAGAGUUACGGCCUUGCGGGACUGGAUUACUUCAAAAACUGGUAUCUAAGAGAGAAAAGCCUAAUGUAACAGAUAACUUUUUUUUUGUUUUUUGGGUGUGGAGGCCAUUUUUAGAGACACAGAAUUGGAGAAGAAGACUUGCAAAACAGCUAGAUUUGACUGAUCUCAAUAAACUGUUUGCUUGAUGCAUAUAUUUUCUUCCCAGCUCUGUUCCACACAUAAGCAUCCUGCUUCUGCCAGAUCAACUCUGUCAUCUGUGAGCAAUAGUUGAAACUUUAUAUACAUAGAGAAAUAGAUAAUACAAUAUUACAUUACAGCCUGUAUUCAUUUGUUCUCUAGAAGUUUUGUCGUCAGAAUUUUGACUUGUUGACAUAAAUUUGUAAUUCAUGUAUACAAUUUGAAGCACUCCUUUUCUUCAGUUCCUCAGCUCCUCUCAUUUCAGCAAAUAUCCAUUUUCUUUCUUUUUUUUUU